AUGCCAAUGGAGGGUCCAAAAUGCACGGUUUGCUCGAAAACAGUUUAUCGAGCGGAGAGUACCCUUUGUUUUGGACUCUCAUUUCAUACGAAAUGCUUCCGAUGUUCGGUCUGCCAGCAGCAUAUUCGAAUCGAGAAAGUGCAACGGAACAAGGAGAACGAGUUGUUCUGCAAUGUUCACUUUAAACGCCUCCAAGAAAUCGCACAUCAAAAAUCGAUCACGGUGUUGGUCUCGUUGAAUCCGAUCCCAUCAAAUAUGGAAACGUUGAGGAAUCAAGCA